CACCCAUCAACACAGUCCCUGGAGAAAGUACUCGUCCAGAAUAUCCUCUUUGGCCUGAGUCCUUCGCUGACAGACGCCAUCAAGAGCAUUCCGAGGUGGCGCUUCAUCCAGGCUGCGGUGCCACACGUCAUGCACUGCGCCGCCUCGCUGCUCUACAACAGACGUGAAUCGACCAUCACCAACCUCGGCGCGGCAGAGACUAAACUCCUGUACACUUUACACUGGAUUGUUCUCGAUGCUGCCGAGGAGUGUGCCGACGCCGAUCACGAAAAGGGACUCAACAGGGGCGCCACUCUCACUUAUAACUUCUCUGUUACAACUAUACAGGUCUUCAUUUACCUGUUUGCCCCGCUGCUGCACACACUCAAGGAAUCAGACUUUCAGAAUUUUCGACUGGAGAAUGGCCUGAAGAUAUGGUCUCCGCUGUGGGAAUACAGGCACCCUGACGUCCCGGCUUUUACAACAGCAGUUAGGCCUAGGCGGCAGGUCCUCAGAGCCAAGAAGGUUCGCAGGUCCAACACCCAGUUUGGCGACGUGUUCCUCGGUGGUGGUGGAGCUGUGGCACCAGACGAUGACAACAUGCUCUUCCUCAUUAAUGGGGGAAAGAGUCGCUCGAUCACUCCACCUCCAAGUGAUCCCACUUCCUCAUCGACACAAGACUCAAGAAUUGCUGAUGCUGCUAAGUUGGAGGAGGAGCUUCGGCUCCUGAGUGGGACUCGAGAGGCAACCUUUCCCGAAACCAUCCCUGAGGAGACCUCCAGCACUGAGGAAGAGCAUGUGGUGAUAUUCAGACUUGGCUCCUACCCAGACAAUGAUGGCAAGGAAUCACAUGUUUACAAGGCUGAGCACCCAUCCUCAUUCCUCCGGCCUCCUACUGUGGAAGUAAGUGAUGCGACAUCCCCAACUCAGCCGCCCUCUGUUGCAGCUUCCACACCCACAGAAUCGCACACUCCUCGUCUUCUAGAGGCCAAUGGUUCAGCUAAGACCAGCAUUUCAGCUGCAGGAGCCAAACCCAAUUCUCUGACUGACCCUACUCUGGCGACCUUCUUAGACGUAGCUGUUCUCCGCUGCCUCUUUGUCCCACAGUGGAUGGAGGAAGGUGUUUUCUGGGCCUUGAACUUCAUCUUGAGGAGGCUGCAAGACAUCGGGGAGGAGACAGGCCAUACUGUACCUCCAAGGCGGCGCAGCAACUCCCUACCAAUCCCCAAGAUUCAUGUGUCGCUGCACUGCGACCAGGUAGAGGAACGGAAGGGCAAGGAGGGCACCGAGCAAAGCGAUCAGUCGUCGUCUGAUAAUUAUAUCAGUGACCAGUACUGUCCGCAACAAGAGGGCCUGAGCACCAGUGGAGGGAGCACAAGGAAAAAGAAGAAGCUGAAUGAGCUGAAAGCCUUUGUGGAGACAAAAUUGAGGUCGUGUUCAGAGAAGGCCCUUGAGAAAAUAGGUCACGACGACUCAAGGAGAUCAUCUAUCUCUGACGAUCAGCAAGGAGGAGCAGGUGAUUUUGGUGGCAGUUCCUGGGGAGUAGAUGGGGAGCAGAAAUCACGUCCACACUCGGCUCUUGAGAAAUUUGUUGAGGAUCGCCACCAGCCAUGCCUCCCCUCACCACGAUUCCCCCCAGUGGGUCUUGUGAAAGGCAAAAGCAUGCCUUCUCUGAGCAGCCUAAUUGACGAGUUGCCAUGCCUGGGGUACGUUGGUGAGGGCAGGCCAGACAGACGAGGCUUUCCACAAAUGAUUGGCACAACUCACCCCAUUAUCACAGUCACUCAGCACACUCCAUCUCCAAGUGAACAUGGCUGGCGUGACCAGGGUUCACAGAGCGGGAGUGUCGAGGGUCAGAUCAUCUACCAACGGCCUCCCUUGUCACGCUCCCAGACGGAUUCCAAUAUCCAGUACUCCCAUGAAGAAACUGUUGAAGCACCAGGCUCUACACACUACAUUACACGGGAUGGGCAUAUUAAUCUACAAGUUUUACUGAAGGCAGCACAUUCAGUGUCUCAACGAGAUGCCCACGUGUGCUCUCUCCGUGUGUGUGAGAUCCUGUUGCAUCUUCUGGACUUUCUUUUGGACCUUGGCCUUUUGAAGACAACCAAGCGCUUUGAGAAGAUUGAUAAAGAUGAUGACCAGAGUGAGGAGGAAGUCAAGGUGCAGAAGGAGAAGGAGCAGAACCCACAUUUUGUUUUUAUGGAUACCAUCAUCAGAAUCUACCGUCAUCUAGGAUGUCAACAUGGGUGCAAUGAAGGCCAUCGUGGACCACCAGCUGACUUUUUACGCCAUACAGGACAGGCUUUAUUAGGGCGUCUUUGUCGUCAUGACCAGAGUGCUUUCAGAAGGUUCCUCAGAGUGUAUGUGAAGACAAGACCAAUGCCAGAGAUCCUGGAAUUCUUUCACGCAUUCCUUGGAUUUUGUGUUGAUCCUGGGUCACUACUCUCACCUAUGAGCCAAAAGAGAACUGGUUCAGGGAAAACAGUUGAUAACCAACAAGGAGGCUAUGCAACCAACUUUGGGUCAUCCCUUGGUGGAGCAGGUUCUAGGGGCAUUGAGGGGCAGCUUGUUGCUUCAGUAUUUAAGGCCCUCGUUUCUCGGUUUGUCAAGUCUAGCAAGGAACUGAAGAAUCCAGAGAAUAUGGCUGUUUACUGUGAUGUUCGGCAACUUGUUGGCUACAUCCAGGAGGGACAUGGAGGGGUGUUUAGAAGGGUCGCUCUCUCGGGUCUUAUUGAUUCCGCUGAUCGUCCUCACAAGCAAGCUCAGAAGAUACAGACAACAAGAGUUGUUCGACGUGUUACUGUGGAGGAUGAUACAUGCCGUGACUCCCCAUCAACACUGGUAGAUGAAGGGAGCGAUGUCAUUAAAACCAAAAAGGGUCUCUUCAAAAAGAAGUCAGCAGCAACAAUCACCUCAGUCAUUAAGAAAGCACCGUCGGUUGGCAGUGUUUACGAUGAUCAGCAAGAGGAUUCUCCGGGCGGCCAAAGUCCCGCAUCAACAUUACGUCGCCGCCAUCACCCAAUGAUGAUGACCCGACAACCAGAGCACGAUCAUCUUGCACCCAAUGCUCACCCCAAAGGCAGACGUGUUUCCAAGUUAGUGAAUUGGCUCCGAGGUCGCAGUAUGGAGGGGGAUAGUCCAUUUCCUGGUGACCCGUUUGAGCUGCCUCCUGCCCUGUCAAGGAGACUGUCCCAUGGUAUGACACACAGUAUUUCCCAUGGCCUGUCCCAUGGCCUCGCUCGGCCAAGGCUAGUCACCAAGCCAGGAGCAGGCCCAAUGAGUAUGAAAUUAAUGCAAGCAAGGAGAACAGUUGAGGACCACAUUGGGAGAAUUGGAUUUGGCAAAAGGAGCAGGAAAAGGGACUGCAGUUAUGAUGAGACUCCUGAUCCUAGCAGAAGAAACAGCCUUGAUCUUGAGGGGGGUGUGAGGGAAGCCAGCGUCGUAUUAGUAAGGGAGAGAAAAUUAGUUCCUGUAAAGUUUGUGCAGAACGGAAUGAUGAGGUUCAGUUUCCUACUUGAGACGUGCCAGCCAGGAACUGUUCCAGACCCACAGUUGAUUGCUGCUGUUUUGGAUUUGCCAAGUGCUCCAGUAGUAGCCCGUGCAGCAUUCCUGAUGGAGGUGUGCCACUUUGUGCAUCGCUGUAAUCGCGGGGCUUGGCCAGCAUGGAUGAAGAUGUCCCUUCCCAUGUAUAGACCAUCGGGUCCUCUUGCCAGGACCCCUCCUUCAGGAGCACGACGGACACAUAUUUUGCAGAGGGCAGCAGGGAGGAUGUUUUACCAGUGGGCUGAAGCAUUAGGAACACGUUUGGAAGAGAUCCUAGAGGAGUCAGGUCCUACAGUAGAAGAAGUGGUGGCACCUGUCACUGACGCAGAGACUCGCCGCGCUCUGAGGGCCAACGAUGAAGAAGAGGACUUUCUGGACGAAGUCAGUGUCAAUUCUGGAGGUGCAGAAUGUCCAACAGCUCUGAAAAUGGUGGCUGUGCAGCUGCUACUGGAGAUCACAGCAUUCUUGAGGGAAACCUACACUGGGUUGCCCAAAUCUGCAAGUUACAGGAUGUCAGUGCGUGGAGAGAGACCUGGCUGGGGAGGACCGGGUAUUGGUCUUGGAGGUGGGAAGGACCCCAACAGAAGGUGGUCCAUGGCCCUCUCCUCCAUGGGCUAUUCACACGCAUCUGCACAGAGCCUCCAAAGCAUUGGGGACAGUCAUCCACCGGGAUUCACAGGAGAAAGGAAGAUAAGCUUUGCUCUUCAUGACCCUGACAAUGUUAGCCUUGGCAGCUCAAACACCACAGUCACGAGUGGCCAGUAUUACGAUGAUGAGAGGCGACGGGCCGCACAGGCAUGCAGGAGCCACUUCCAGAAGAAGAGUGGAGGCCACAACUCCUCUUUCAAGAGGCGAUCCUACAAACUGCACAGAAGGGCCAAGGACCCAGAUUCAGAAUCCAUGAAGCGUUCUGACAGUGUGAAAUCACGCAGGAAGGUGUCAGCAUUCAGUGAAAGAUCCGAUACUUCUGAACACCUUGAGCAAGAGGUAUCUGGUGAAGAAUCUCCAGGUGUUCUAAGCAAUGAAGACUUACCUGACAGUCCCACCGAUGGAGAUAUUGAUGAAGAAAGUCUCACUACCAACAUGCCUUGGCUGAAGGUUGUUGUACGCUUGUCCACUCUAUACAACAUGACUUGCACACACCAGACUUUCUGUCAUCCACACUGCUACAGGAGGAACAUGAGGGCUUGCAGGAGACUGAUGCAUGCCUUGAGGAAAAUGUAUGGUGAAGAAUUUGAGGAGCAAGAGGAGGAUAUGUCUGGUGCUGGCGAUAUAGCAAGGGAAACAAAAAAGGAAAAGAAGCAGUCAAGGAAGGCAUCAGAACAAGGAGGUGGAAGUCACGGAUCUCCAUUAAAGAGAAAAGAGAGCUUGGCAAGGCGUGACAAAGUUGAUCGCAGUGUUGAUAUUUCUGCAGUGUUAUCACGUUUAGGCCACCAUCAAGGUUCGGCAGUCCAUCUCUCUAAAGAUACCAUUGACACUGAUGGUGAAGGAAAGGAAGUCACAAAAGACAGCAAUAAGGAAGAUGAAAAACAGAAGCCAAAGAAAGGAGACUCGCCAAUCGUUAGAUACAUGAAAACUCAGGUGAUGGGCCUCAGCCACAGCUCCUUGUCAGUGGUAUGUAAGGCAGCAGCUGUAAUGACAGAAGACCUGCUUUUGGAUGUUGUUCCUCAGGCAUGGGAGCAACUGCUGGAGCAUGACAAUGAGGUGACAGCAACAGCAGCUGUUGUUUUCAUUCUGGCUGGAGUAAGAGUUCCAGCUCAUGCCUCGGACAUCAUGACUCGAGAACUGACUCAUCCAGACCCUUGCACAAGGCUCAAUGCUAUUCUAAGAUUCCAGGUUCUGUGGCAAUCCAGAUACCAGGCUUGGCCACGGAUGGAGGAGGGGGGGCAGCUGACGUUCAAGGUCCCUCCACAUGGCAUAGAGUUCACACUGCCGUCUCCCAAGAUUGGCGUAGAAUCGCUGCCUGUUGUUGACCCUCCCUGGAUGCCACAUUUCAAGACUAAUGUUGAUGAAGUUACAGUUAACCAAAUACAACAUAGGUCAUUCGUGACAGCUACAAGAACCAGACGGAAGUUGCAAGCUGAGAUGGUUCGUUCAGCUCUAGAAGCAGAGGAGAAGAAAAGGAGGACAGAACGAGAAAAUUUCCUGCUAACAACUGUUCCUGUAACCAUCCAGGCUGCUUAUGAACCUGCUCUGCAUCAUGUUUCUGCAGAUGACCAUGAGGAAGGAGAAGAGGCGGAGUCAGACGUUGGUCGAGGAGGAACACAUCAUGUGUCUGUAGCACAGCAGCUAUUUCCCUCCUGUCUCUGUUCAGCUGUGUUGACAAUCAUACAUCUCCUAGAUGAUCCAGCAGUUACUGCUGAUGGUAUAGCUGUUUAUGAAGCUGCACAACAGGUCAUCUGGUCAUGCUUAGUGGAGGAUUCUGCACUGUUCCUCAGAUUUUUCUUAGAGAAACUGACAAGGGAACGACAAGAUGUUAUGAUAAGGCUUCUGCGGAGACUUGUACGAUUCAUUCCACGUCUGCCAUCACAGGCUGCUUUUGCCCUGUACAAUUACAUGGUUGGCUACGUCAUGUUUUAUGUGAGAAGCCCUCAGGAAGCCUCUCAGGACCACAUAGCAUCUGCUCUCUCUAUAUUGUGGACGGUUGUGCCCAGUAUUCAAGGGAUAUUGUUCAAAGAUCUAAAGCAGAUCUUCAGGAAGGAGCAGUGUGAUUCCUCGCUACUUGUGACAGCAAAUGUUCCGUCAGCAAAGAAGAUUAUUGUGCAUGGUCCAGGAGGAGUUGAUGGAGGGGGCAUUCCAUCACAGUUUCCCAUUCAGGAAGAUACACAAUUCUGCCAGAUUUUGCAGGAGAGUCUUGAUUUCUUUGGAAUACCAGAAGGUGACCACAAAUAUUACUUCCUAGUCGACCACAAGACCAACCAGAUUCACAACCUGCAGUCAUAUGUUCGAGACUUCUAUUUCUUUAAACGGGCCCAGUAUCCGCAGCUCUUAAUGGUCCACAUGGAGCCAGAAGCCGCUUACAAUGCUCUACAGAGGCAGGCCUUCACACUGAAGUUGCUUGAAAUUGGCAAGGUCCUCAUGGCCUGGUCUAUACUAAAGCGGUCGGACCAGGUUGCACAGAGAGUCUUUUUCCUCCAUGAAGAAUUAACAAAGCUGCCAUCCUUCCCAAGAAAGGCUCUGGAGGCAGACUUUAACCUCUACAAGGGAGGUGCCAUGGGAAAGGAGGUGCGCGGGCUUGACCAACUUCACAAGUACAUGUGGGUGCAGCUCGUGACCCGCAUGUUUGAAGGCAUGGCAGGGAAUCUGACUUACACCACAGACAUCCAUCUGUUCCUGAAUGUAAUCAAUGGGGCCCUGUUACUGCACUGUGAAGAUUCAUCAAUGUUGAGACUAUGUAUGGCCUCAUAUGUGAAUGCGGCGCAUCACUUUAAGAACCUCUUCUCUACAAGCGGGUACUUGCUCAUUAUGCCCACCAUUCUCCGAGUCUAUAGCAACUACCAGAGCAACAAAAUGGCAGUGACUGUUGUGGAGUUUAUAGUAAAACAAUUGUACAUUCUACAUCGCAAGCCUUUCAUACUUCAGAUGUUAGGUUCUGUUGCUCCUAUACUGGACAUGGAUGAGACAGCUAUUUAUGGUGAUGCUAACAAAAUCCAGCCACGACGCCUGUUUGACCUGUUGCUGUCCCUAGAGCGCCAUCAUGAAGACCCACUGAAUAUCCUGGAUCUCAUUACUGUCGAAAAGCCUCUCAGAGCUCUAGACUUCUGCUACCAUGAGGAAUCAGACUCGGUGACAUUACUCGAGAUUGUUGACAUGUGUGUGACAGUUGUUGCUUAUUCUGCUGAUUCCAAGAGAGGGCACCAGAUGCUGACAAUUUUAGAGGCAAUCUUAGGGAUGGUCUUAAGGCAUCUUCAGGCCACAGCAGGACGUGACUUGCGCCAGGAAAAGGAAACAAUCCAUCAUGUUGCAAUUGCUAUGAAAACCCUGGUGACCAACAGUGAACCUUUGGCAAAGAACUACACUGGACCCCAGAAAUCAGCAGGUGAGGGAAAAGGCUCAAGUAGAGUCACAUACUCAAAGGCAUCCAAGUGUUACAACCCAGCCAUUGAGAUAGAUGAGGACUCACACUCAAAGUACAUGAGUGACUCCAAAAGAUACCAGACCUAUGAAAGGGACAUUGAGGAUUCAGAGGCACUUAGAUACGACUUCCGACAACCACGUGACACCUUACUGCAUGUUGUGGCAGAGUUCCUGACAACUUGCUCAACCAGAUUGGGUGAGAUUAACAAAAAGGCUGGUCAAGAGAGCAAGCACUCAGACUUAUUAGAUACCAAGUGCCAUUUGCGACUGGCAGAAGUAGCACAUAGUCUUCUGAAGGUGGCCCCAUACGACCCAGCUACCAUGGGAUGUCGCGGACUCCAGAGAUACAUGAAUGAAAUCCUUCCACACCCAGACUGGUCCCACGAGGACCUUCGACCUGCCUUGGUUAACAUUCUCCGUAGACUCGACAAGAUGUUUAACAAGAUUGCAAAGAAGAAUUCUAUUAGGCGUUUGAUUGACUGGGGAGCUGCAGCAAGUCUCCUUAAGGGUGUUUAUACUACACUAUCUAAGUAUCCCUACAUUGCACAUCUGCCAAACCUCAAGAUGGUUCUUCAAGUGUGUCAGUCACUCAUUCUGGGAGAACGCAUAGGGGACAUGGAAGGCCAUAGCGUUGCUGCAUGGACACAGACACCACCUCCGCACUUCUGCUCAAUGGUAGUUAAGAUUAUUGCAAUGCAGAUACUCGCUCUUGGGAUGUUCAGCGAAGUAACAGGGGUGACCUUUUCUCUGGAGCAAAUUUGUGGUGGUUCUUCUCUCUUUCCAACGCCAGACAAGACAGAAAACAUGAUCAUGAACCUUCUCUUGCCGCUUUGCUUGAGGGUUGGCUGUGGACGUAAAGAUGCACCUCGAAUGCGACAGGCCGACAUUAGCUUUGCCCUGACGGUAAUUCUGCAUGCUAUGAAUCCCCCACUUGCCAAGAUAGCCCCUCUUCACGGCACACAAGCCAAGACAACUCCUGGUGCCGACCCCAGAUCUCAGUCUUGGUCUCAUCAACAACUGGACUCACGCGCUUUGCCUAAAGUGAAACCAACCAUCCUUCGCAUAGCCUUUCUUGGACUAAAAGUAAUGAUGGUCUGCUUUGAAAAGCAGUUGUCCCAAGAUUGGCAUCGGAUUUUGCACUGCCUUAAGGAUAUGGAUAUUCGAGGGGAAGGAGGCCUUGCUCUCUGGGACUUCUUGGACUUUGUGGUUUCCUUGAGGACUCCACUUUUCAUCCAGAUGCGCCCUUUCAUUCUGACUAAGCUCCGCCAGCAGUGUGCAGAUGAUGGCAGUGAGCAGUAUCAGAUGAUAAUUCGAGACCGUGUUCAUGGCUGGUCACUCCCUCCACCACGGUGUAGAGGCUCAAUCCUUCUUGACCUUGCGCAUCAGGUCAAACAGCUCAAAGAGGAGGUCAUCAAUGCAAAGAUAUCAGGAGAGUUGGACAUGCGACCAUCAGCACUCGAAAUUCAAAGUGAAGUGUCUCACGUGUCUAGGCGACCACGGCUGUCUUAUGCAGGGCCUCUCUCUGAGUGCCCGACUAGACCCCUUACAUCACCUCCUCUCAGGUCAAAGGGCUCCUUGCGGCCCUCCCCGCACGUCACUUCCUCUGAGCCCCGUCUCUACCGCAAGACCUUUCUGCUCCGCAAACGAGGCUCAAAGCCCAACCUCCAGACGGGCAGUGCCCCCGUCAUGCAAGGUGAGGACAGUAGUCUAUCAACUCCAACAAGCCCAGGAGAAGGCAGCGCUACAGUUCCCUCUGGUCAAGAAGCAGCCAGCGGUGUUUCAGGAAGCCAAGAGAGUGUGCGUAGUGGAGGAAGGCACAGAUUGCAGAGGCAGAUGGCCCAGUCACGCAAAACCUUCAGGUUCCGCAAGAGCAAACAUGGGCAUGUGGAGACCCAAGAACGGCAGCCACAAGUGGCUCACAUUGAAGUGGAACCUACACGCUUGCCGUCACCCAUGAGUGGAGGCCAAAUGGUGGUGGGCGAAGAUCCUCCAGCCCUAAGGGAGCUCUCUGUUCCUCUCAUGGCUGAGGAAGAGUUCAGUCAUCAAACAACAAAAAGGGAGAGAACAAGACCAAGCACAAUACAGUCAGAGCCAGAGAGUGUGAGUGAGAUCAGCUACAUGGAGACAUCAACCAUGUCAGGUUAUCGAGAGAGUUUUGGAGGCUUUGAUCUCAGCCUUCAGGAGCUGGAGAGGCUUGAGAUGCAGGUCCGUACAGGGAAGUACAAGGAGCCUCUGACAAGUUCAGCCACAGCCUCUCCUCAAAAGAUCUCAGUUGCCGAGACUCGCUUUAAUGAAGUGUCACCUCACAAAACCACAAUAAGCCGUGACAUGCACAGCAUCAGUCCAGAACCUCUGACUGCACUUGUUCCACCCCCUUCACCAUGGGGUCGCAAAUCACACUCAGAAUCAGCUGGAAAGUCAUCUGACGUAACCAGAUCCACACCAGCUCAUGCCCAUUAUACCCAGCCAUCCCACUACCCACAUUCUCCAACCUCUUUACAUUCCACUUCCAGAGCAGAUAGUCAACAUCAUGGAGCACCAAGUCCUACCUAUAAGCCACAUACACCCCACAUAUGCUCCCCCCAGCCUGUUCUUUCUACUCAUCAACCUCCUUGCUUUGUCCACCAUGUACCACAUUCCUCACAUCAUGUCCAUGUAGUUGAACCAAGCCAUUCCAAACAACAGAUGCAUUCUGGACAUUCCCAGCAUGCCCACACUGGGCAUUUACAUAGUCAUGGCACCCAUCACCAUCAUCAUCAUCAUGUCCAAUUUGCCCCAACUCCUCAUAUUUUCACUUCCACACCACAAGUUUCACAGCAUGCAGCUUCCAGUUUCCCAGUGUGUCAUAUACAUGACUCUCCCUCACCUCAGCAUACUCACUCUGCACACCAUUUUGGACAAGCUUCAGAAGGGAGCAGAUCAGGCCAGGGUGCACAGCUCCGACAGCACCACGCCCAUGCAGCAAGACCUAUUCUCCAUGAGCAUACCCAUUCUCAUCAUUCAAGUCGUGAUUCUUGCUCACUCCAUCCAGCCCAUUCAAUCCAGGUUGCGCCAUCUGUCCAGACAGCACAAUCCUCUCAGGUGGUGCAGCACUCCCACCCAACUGUCUGGCGACAUUCAUGGACAGAAGGAGAGGCUAAAGAGCAAAGAGUGUGGAGUGGACAUGAAGCUGUGGGACUCCCCAGUCAGGGACGUGAGGCUCAUGGCUGGGACAUACACCCAGAAGGAAGGCCAGAUGAGAACCUUAGCAGCGGCGAAUUAACUUCUUUAUUAAGACGUCUUGAUCGGAGAAGCCCAUCAGAGCAGUCAUUACUUGUAGCAUUCAGUGAGAGGGAUGAGGAUACACUCAUUUAAACAUGAGUUCAAAGAAGAAGAAAUGACUAAAACAGAAAAUUUGACAAAAUAUAAACAGAAGGUACAAGACAUCAGAUACAUAUCUUACUAAAGAAUAAAUUAAUAGUUUCACUUUUUUUCAAGGGAAAGUAAAGAAAUAGGAAAAGGUAGAAUUAUUUAUACAUUAUAUGAGCUUUCAGCAUUCAUUUGCUAAUUUAUUCAUUUAUUUAUUUUUAAAAAUUCAGUCACUACAUUCAAAAAUGUGCAUAAAUAAUUAUGUUAUUAGAGAGUUUACUGAUGUUUAUAGUAUAAUAGAUGAUAAAGUCAUACACUUAAAGUGGUUAUCAUUAGUAUAUUUCCCUAUUGAUGCUAUGAUUUUAUUACUGUUCCUUGCUGCUUCCCCAGUCUUAUAAAUUACAGAUAUAGAAUUAUAUUUCUAGACUAUAAUAGGAGAAUAUAUAUUCUAUUAACAAAUUUUUUCAGAGUUUAUGAAAGACAUAGAUAUGAAUCUAUAUUAAUAUGUGUUAAAAAUUAAUGAAUGUUACUAUAUUCAUAGAGCAUAACCAGUAAAAGAUAGUUUAACUGAAAACAGUAUUAAUUAUAUUAGCUAUAAAGGUUAAUAUCUAGCACUGUAGAUACACACUGUCCAAAGAACUAUACUGGGCAGUUUUCUGUGAGAUAUACACACAUAUGCAGUAUAUACAGCCAUUAAUAUGUACAGUUAUUUUAUUUUAUAUUGUUAUCUAUCAGGUUUAUGUCUUUUUAUGUCUUGUUUUAUGAUUAUAUAUUGUAUAUUAUAUAAUUUAUCAUAUAUUAUAUUAUAUCAUUUGAUGACCAUAAUUAGGAAGGAUGAAAAGAAUCUUAAACUUUAUUUUACACAUCAUAUAAAUUAAACUAUUUUAUAACAUAUUUAUCUUCUGUAUUUCUUGUGAAAUUGCUGUUCCUAUAUGUUGUUGUUUUGCUGAUGAAAGUUGUUGGAGAGUUAGCACAAUAAUAAAUAAUGCAUUACA